AUGCUUCAAAACUUCUUUCUUCCAGAACAAGAUGGAGCUCCUCCACAUUUCGCCGUUGAUGUACGACAAUAUUUGGAUCAUCAGUUUCCUCAAAGGUGGACUGGAAGAGGUGGUCCAAUUCGAUGGGCUCCACGAUCACCGGAUUUGACCCCUCUCGAUUUCUUCUUGUGGGGUCACUUAAAAAACAUCGUCUACAAAACUCCUGUAAAAGAUCUGACCGAAUUACGAAGAAGAAUCAACAACGAAAUCGAAUCAAUUUCUAAAGAAACUUUGUGUAAUGUUUUUUUCAAUAUUGUGAAAAGGAUGCAUUUAUGUGUUCAGAGUGAUGUUCAUUUUGAAAUUCAUCCUUUGAAUACAAGUCUUGCGUAUUUGUUUAUUUACAAAUUUGAUCAAUCGCCUCAAUUGAAUAGUUCAAUCAAUCUUAUUGAUGGAUGGGCUUUGUUUUGUCCUUCAACUUUGACAAGUGAAAAUAUUUAUACAUAUUUCAUUAAUAAUCAACAAACGUCUGAUCAUCAAUCAUUAAUAUUUGGUUUAAGAGAAUUAAAUUCGACAGAAAUAAUUGAAUUUUGUUCAAAUAAUUCUUCAGUCAACACUUAUCCGAUCACAGAUGAAAAAUUUAACUUUACAUCCAAUUACGAAUUGCGUAUUUAUACAUCAGGAUGUUAUUAUCUAGAUUCGGAUAAUAAUUGGAAAUCAGAUGGUAUAGUAGUUGGUUCGUUGACAAAUCAUUAUGAAACUGAAUGUUUAUCAACACAUUUAACAACAUUUGCGGGUGGUUUUAUUGUUUUACCUGCACCAAUUAAUUGGAGUUAUGUUUUUGCCAAUGCUGAUUUUAUGCGAAACAAAACAGUUUAUUUAACAAUUAUUUGUAUAACACUAAUCUAUCUUUUAUUGAUGGUUUUUAGUCGUUAUAAAGAUAAAAACAAUAUUGAAAAGUUGGGAGUAACGCCAUUAGCUGAUAACAAAAAAUUUGAUCAAUAUUUUUAUCAGAUUAUUGUUUUUACUGGUCAACGAGUCAAUGCUGGAACAAAAUCUAAAGUUCAGUUUGUUCUGUCGGGUGAUUUUGCAGAAACACAAGUUCGAACAUUUGAUGAUUCUCAUCGAAAAAUUUUCCAACGUGGUGGAAUUGACUCAUUUGUUAUGGCUGUACCCAAAUCAUUAGGUUUAUUGAAUUAUAUUCGUAUUUGGCAUGAUAAUUCUGGUGAAAAUUCAUCAGCAUCAUGGUUUUUGAAAUACAUUAUUGUUCGAGAUUUACAAACAAUGGAGAAAUUUUAUUUUAUCGCACAACGCUGUUNCUGUCGAAAAUCCGAUGAUGAUAGAGAAGCAAGUGAAUAUUUAGAUGUAAAUAACUUCGAAUUAGAGUAUGAUGAAGAUUAUCUUCAUUCAUUCACGGAUUAUUCUUUAUUUACUUCUGGAUCUUCAAAACAAGUUAAUCGCCUGAAUGAAAAUGAAGUACACUAUGCUCGUGAAGAACGUCUAAAAGAAAUUCAAAUGUGGUCAAUAAUUCGUGAAUUUGGCACUUAUUUAGUAUUUUUAAUAUUGAUUUUUCUCAUAAGUUUUGCUAAUCGCGAACAAAAUAGUUUUCUUCAAGUGAACCAUUUACGAAACUAUUUUCUUAAUACGAUACAAUUGGAUAAUAAUUAUCCGAAGAUUUCAACAAUAGAUCAAUGUUGGGAAUGGAUAGAGAAUAUCUUUGCAUCGAAAAUGCGCAUUCAACCAUGGUAUAAUAGUGAUGUUCCACAAAAUUUAACCGGAUAUAUAAAUGAUAAAUCUAAUCGAAUAAUUGGCUGGUCAGUAAUGAGACAAUUACGUGUUAAGUCAACUAAAUGUUCUGGUGAACGUGUUAUUUCAAUAUGUGAAGAUGACUAUAGUUUUUUCAAUGAAGAAAAGCGUUCGUUUGGGCCAGGAUGGAUUAAUGAAACAUCCGUAGGAGGAACAUAUAGCUCAUCAAUUCUUGGCGCAUUUAAAUAUAAUAGUAGCGAUGAAUUAGACAGCUAUGUUUAUAGGGGUGAACAUGGAACAUAUGAUGGAGGUGGUUAUGUAUACGAAUUUCUCGGUUCUCUAUCGGAUCUUACAAGUAAUUUAUCUAAACUUCAUCAAUUAGGAUGGAUUGAUGAAAAAACUCGAGCUAUUUUAAUUCAAUCGACGUUAUACAAUCCCAAUGUUCAAUUAUUUACUUCAGUGACUUUUCUUUUGGAAUUUUUAUCUUCAAGUGGAGUUUAUCCAACAUAUCGUUUUGAACCAAUUAAUUUCUUUGGUGAGUUGAAUAUCUUUCAGCAGUGUCACAUAUUCUGGUCUUCGACAGGAGAUCAGGAUGUGCCAUCGCUCAUAUCUCUUGAAAAUAAUUUGUAUAUGUUUUAUUAA